UGCACUUGGUGGUCAGCGGGGUGAUGGCGCUUGAACCAUUUCCGGUUUAGUAUCUGUGGAAAUAAUGUGUUUUUCUCCGUAAUAGUGUGAUCGCCACAAAAUAUUACAUGCCAGUGUAAAAAUAUUACAGUUAUGGCGAAUUGCGAGCGAGAAAUGUGGGCAGAAGAUGAGUGUGAUCUAGACUUUAUGUCCGACGCUGAAAUAGAUGGUUUAGUGGACGAUACGAGUUUGAGCAGCUACCUGUCUGGCGAGUUCAAAGAUCUUUCUACAACCAGCAGAGCAGGUCGCGCUACUCAGCCGAGGUCGCCACAGCAGCGCAGCCCAUACUUAAACGGUAAUGACAUCCUUAUUGUCGAUGAUAUACAGGAAGACAUCCAACCUAAGACUGUUUUCUUUGUUAGACAGGCUGAUCGAAGCUCUACACUUGCCGAAGGCCAGCGAGUAGAAUGCAGAACAAAGAAUGCAAUCGCAGCAAGAGAAAACAGGUUAAAAAAGAAGAAGUACCUCACAGAAUUGGAGGAAUCUGUGCGCGAACUGAGAAUAGAGAAUUCACACUUGAAGAAAAGGGAUGAAGAGAAAACAAAGACUAUUGCGAAGUUGGAAAAAGAAGUUCAGUACCUGAAGAAUGUGCUAGCAAAUCAGUCGGUGUUGUCCACCCUUUUGCAGAGCAUAAAUAGUAUUCCUGGUGUCAAAUUUGGUAACUCACUUAGUGUGCAUUCUGAUGAGAACCAGAGGCUUCCUGUUUUAAAUAGGACCUUAGCUUCAAAAGGUAAAUUGCCAGUGCAGAGCUUUGUGUCAACAAGAGCCAGGUCAAAGCGAGACAACGAGACACUAUCAGCCAUCCCUCAUUUUGGUGAUCAGUCAAGAACUGUUUCAGCAAGGUUACUACGAUGAUUGAUGAAUCAGUGCUGAUAAACUUCAUCAGGUGUCACUUACCAACUGGUCUAGUAUAGAAAUGAAAAUGGCUUGGCAUAGUAUCUGCUGUGUGCCAUAUUAUUGGUUUGAGAAGCGAUGAGCCUGUAUAAUCAGGCAGGUUGGGCUGAUGUGUGACAUUAUACAUUUAGUCUCACACAAACUUGACAAGUAGGUGGGCAGCAUUUGCACCUGUAGGUUUUCUUUUUUGCCUGUCACAACUUGACGAUGAAAUAACGCAGCCAUUGCGACACAUUUUAUAGUGUGCAUAGCAGCAUGUGCAAAAGUGGUUUCUGCUUCUGCUGCAAAAUGUUACGAAUCCAAAAACCCAUUUACUUGAGGCCAACAUAAAAAUCGUCGAUAGGACUAUGAGAUUACAAAAUAGGCUUCAUGUGAUGUUUUUAUAGAGAUUUGUUGUAAUGAAUAAUUUUGUUUUGUUACCUCAAUAUAAAAGAGAAAAAUACAAUCCCUGUGCAAUGCUGCUUAUCUGUGGUGCGAGUAAAUAUUUCAAGCAGAAUCAUAAGAACUCCUUAGAAAUGUUGCCUGCCUCUCAGUUUAUGUUGCUUUACCAGAAUAUAUGUAUGUUGUUUGACAAUUUAUGAAUAUUGGCGACUUGUGUUCUAGUAAUUUAGAUAUGGAAAUGAUAAGCAUGGUCAUGAUCUCUAACUUUACGUGAAGCCUAGCAAAUGUUUUGGAUUGGGCGUUUUGUAGUCGCUCUCUUUUAAUGCCAAUUUUAUGUGUGUUUUUAUUUUUUAAUCAGUAUGUUUAAUCAAUGCACUUUUUUUUUUAUAAACGUGGGACUGAUUAUUUUUGUAAUGUUGAUUUGGUAAAAUGAAAAACAUUCAGAUUAUUUCAUCUUUACAGCUCAUAGUAUGUUGCUAAUGAGCUGCGUGGGAGUUGUUUUUCCGCUCUGUAUACCCAAGUAAACUGUAAAAAAAGUUAACAUGAUAUGAUGGAGAGAUUCUGGUUUUCACUGUUUUAGAAUGCCUUUUGGUGGAAGAAACUGAAAAAAGGUGUUCAUCUGGAUAGAACAAGUUGAACAUGAUACAGCUUUUUUUUUUUACCUGCAUGGAUUAGAAAAUUUAUGGGACAGUACUCACAAAAGAACCAGUCCUAGUGUAUAUGGUUUACUUUGCUUACCCGUUUUUCAUUCAUAACUGUUUGCAUACAAAUGUAGAAACAAAGAGGGUGGCUAUGUCUACGAAUUCAGAAACUGGUUUCUGUGUAAGGCACUACUUUUUUCGUGCCAUAUUGGGCCUCGACAGAGCAGGGAUACUGUGGUGAACUCCAUGGCACAGGUGAAAAAAUGUACACUGUGCUGAUUGAUUUGUAAUCUACAGAAAUGAUAUGUAAAGUAUUAAAUUACAUCAUGAAUGAAUACAUGCAGACACUUGUAGGCAUACUCAAUGUUCAGCAGCUUGCUAAAUAUAUGGGCAUGUGUAAGAUUAACUAUAUUUUCCAAUGGUUCAGAACUACUCAUCAUUAAAUUGUCUGGGUUUUUGAAUCAUGCAUGGAUGUGAAAUGUCCUAUGUUAUUCAGUCUAAUAAUGUAUUGUAGAUGAUUAAUGUUUAAAACUUUAUAGUUUUAAAAGUGUGCAAGUGCAAUGGCAAGCUUGCUUCAAUAAAUAUAGGUACAUCAGUCUAGAA